UACUUCAUUUGUUGGGUAAGAAAGAGGCGUUUUAUGUACCUCAUGAUCUCAUUUAAUAACGGAUAAAUCACACCAAAGCCCGUAGUGCGGAAUCCUCCUAUUGCUGAAGGUUUUCACCGGAAUAAGCGGUUUUCAGCUCUCAGUGCUCUUCAGCGCAUGAAGAGUUGGCGGAUGCUGGAAAACAUCGUCAGAACCUUGCCAUUAUUCGCAUAUGUAAACCGAGCGCAGAGAUGGAUUUCAAAGACAAGCCGCGGUCCUUUCCGGGGCCAGAUGAAUGAAAUGAAGGGCCAUUUCGUUGCGAAAUAGGAAGUCGGUUUAAGGUGUUUGUGCUUUCACACAAACCCAGUCUUCUCUUGGAUAUUGGAUAAUCAACACCUUUCAAGACGGACGGGGAAGUGCAGCACCGGGGGAAAAACCGGGGCAACAUGAGGGAACGGGACUUCAUGCCCAGCAUGGAGAGAGGCAAACCAGCGACCUAUACUGGGGACAAAAAGGCUAAGAUGGCCGCGAAGACGAACAAAAAGUGGGUGAGACUGGCCACCGUGUUCGCGUAUGUGUUAUCCGUGUCCCUGGCUGCUAUCAUCUUGGCCAUUUACUACAGUCUGAUAUGGAAGCCGACGUCUGCGUCCUCAGCUGGAAGACCCGAGGUUCCGGAGGGGGUCAGUGGCGCAGCCAACCUCUCCACCAACAUAUCCACCAACUUCAGCUCUGUCGGCAAUGCCUCGGAUACAAAUUCCACUCACAGGGACCUUUUUCUGCUGAACGCGACGAGUGCGACGGCGCUACCAACUGAAGCCAAGGCCAAGGCGUUUCACUGGGGAGAGAGCAGUAAGAGCCCCACGGAUCUUCCAAGCGACAUUUCACCCAGUGUGACACAGGUCGGACCUACAGGGCACUACACCGCCACACAAAGCUACACGACCGCGGAAACCACAAACGUGGUUGUCACCAGUCCUGGAGGCGAACACGCGUCCCAGACUGUUGCCAACGCUGAGUAUGCGGGAAAUAAGCCGAGCGCGUCGACGCUGGCAUCCUCGGUGCACCAUCAUGACCAAAGCGAGAUGAGUGAGGCUUCGGAACUAAUCGUCACCAGUGGAAUACAACACGAGGCCCGUGAAGGGUCGGGGGCUGGUGCCUCAACGGACACACACACUACGGAUACAGCUCCGAACAGCGACGCGCUUCCAUCGCACACUCCGGCUGGUGCAUCCAUGAGCCCACAAGGACUGCCUAGCGACACAUCGGUCGACGAGGCCCAAAAAACCUUGCAGAGACAGAACUACGGGGAUCUGACAGAUUCACCACGUCAAUGGGAUACAACAGAAGGAUCUUCUUUGAUAGAUGAUCUGAUUGCACAAGACAGAGAGGACGCAGAGAGAUACACACCACCUUCAGAACACACAUACUCUAUUGAUAACGCAUAAACUAUGUUCAGAACUGUGUGUGUGUGUGAUAGACAGAAACAUAUAAAGAAUAUAUAAGCGCUGCUUUUAAAUGAUGCCAUUUAUAUACUGAUACGCCACUACAUUUUAUGUUAUGCCUUAAACCUUGUUUGUCUUUUUCCUUUGGAUAGACCCCACGGAGGUUAUGAGACUGUACGUCUCCAACAGUUUGGAACCUACCAUCUAAACCUUUGUAAAAUUGUUUGUAUGUAAAACCGAGAAUCGAUCCUUGGACUGCAGUAAAUGUAAAUACUAUGUGAUUUACAUAGGGGCAGCCUCUCGACGGAAACGGAGCCAUGUUUCGGAUGAGCAAUGAAAUGGGACAGGAAUUUUUAUAUUAACGGUUCGUUUGAAUAUACUGUAUUUCAAUAUACGAAUUAAUCAGGACUCGACUGGCAGUGGAAACCGUAUUAUGACAUGCUCAGGUAUGUGCAUAUGACCGUGUAAACGUGAGAUAGGCUACACUUGUAUUUGGUGUUGUAUAUAGGCAAGACCCUGUAUGCCCCGGCCUCGGUUCGAGUUUAGCCAAAUUAGGUACUUUUUAUGAAAGUAAACGAUGUACAUUAGAUAUAUCACAGAACAAAUAAACUUCCUUGUAAAAGUACGACGUUUAGGUUUUGCACGAUAGAGAAAUGCAAAACUCCUUUAUGAAAGACAGUUUUAUGAUUAAACGCUAUUUUAUUUUGAACGACCAGUGGUCAUUUAUUAACGCAUGCAAUGCAAUUUCGGGUUUUAACACAAGUGACAGUAAUGUCAGAUGGAUGGCUAAUUUUUCUUGGGUGUCUUGCACCAUGUAUUGCUUUAUAUGGGGUAAGUUUCCCGUUUUAGUGGAAAAAGAACAGCACUUCAACUUCUGUCAGGUUUUGUACGCGCUCGUUCAGUUCUGCGCGCAAGUUGUGCUGACCUGUCUUCCCUCUGUGACAUCCGACUAUGACGCAAUGCAAAACAAGCGCAUUUAAUUGCACAGUAACGGUGCCAAAAGCUUUUGUCUGCUGUGAUGUUACGAGUCUGGGAUUUUAAACCUUACUAAAAGCACAAAAAUCGUCUCCUCCACCAUAGUAAUCGUAUACUGUAUACAAGCAUAAUCGAUUAAUUAUACUUAAAUACGUGGGAUCAUGUAUAUCAACUGAGUAUGAAUAUCUAUGGCUCUCCUGCUUUGGGUCUGAGCAAGGAUAUGGUGUCACGUACAGUGUUUUACCCUGUUGAUUUAUUUCAAGCUGAUCUUGCCGCUAAAGACAAAAAUGACAACAUGCAUUCCUUUCUGAACCAUUACGUGAAAAAAGUCAUAACCGAUGCAAUCUUUUUAAAAUGUGGACACAUGUUCCGUAUGA